AUGACGCUCACACAACUUUUGAAGCAGGACGUGCCGUGGUCGGGUCUGCGCCCGCGGCAGGCAUGCGCCGUGGAGUCUGCGGCCCGCCACAACCCUGGACGACCCAUCUACGUGCUGCACACGUGCGAAGCGCCCGCUUCGGGCAUGUGGCUGCCGGCCGGAGCCACAGCUGUGCACGUGACGACGGAGGAGUUCCUACGCGACACGCCGCUCUACACUCCACUCAUAGAGAACGGCGCCCUCGCCGCCAGCAGGUGGCCCGUCCACCACGCCUCUGACGUCAUGCGGCUGGUCGCGCUCUGGAAGUACGGUGGCCUCUACCUGGACCUGGACUUCGUCGUACUGAGGUGA